AUGCAGGGAGGAGACGACAUUUUGGGAGGCUUGGGGGGUAUCCAAUCCCUUGGUAUCAUGAAUGCCCUCAAGACAAAUGAUCCUCGCACCGACAUGAUUGUGGCGCUCUGUUUGCCGUUUGCUCUGCGCUACAUUCUGGAGUUCUUGAAGAAGGUCUCGCCGUACCUCGAUAUUGACUACUGGAAAGCGUGGUGGGCCGGAGAGGACGAGACCACAAACUAUCAUGAACGCACUAUUUCACACGCCUCUUCCAAAAAUAUGUACGGUGAAACUAUCGACCUCGACGAAGAUUCGCACAACUCGGUUCUCAUCAAAGCAAUUCGGUUGUAUUGCCACACCAAUGUUGACCUCAAUUUGCGCAAGGCAGACCUAAGCCUCACCACAGUUGAAGACGAAACCCACGCAAACGAUUGCUACUAUGGCCAGUCCAUUGUCAACUUGCUACAGUGCUAUAAAAUGGUGAAGAAUCCACCCGAAAAGCAAUGGCACAAGUUGGGAGUGUUUGGGGCUGAGAAGAACGGUGCAUCCUUCGUGGAACUUCAGAUUAGCUCUGAAUCUAGCGACUCCGAGGACGGGGACAACAAAAACAAAAAGAGCACGCGCAACACGACCUACACGCUCCGUUCGUUGGAUGGUUCGGCCCUGGAUACCUUCCUCGAUACAGUUUACAGCUGGUAUAUCAAAGAGCUCAAGAGAAAUGAAGAUCAUUCACGAUACUACUACGAUUUAGAGAGCAAAGCCGUUGGCGACACCUCAGAGCAGCGUUACUACAAACGAUUCCGUUUGUCAGAAGAAAAGACCUUUGAAUCUUUGUUCUUUCAAGAGAAGAACGGUAUGCUGAAACUUAUCAAUGACUUCAUGGAAAAGAAGGGUAAGUACGCCAUCAAGGGGUAUCCACACAAGCUUGGUUUGCUGUUGACUGGGCCACCGGGCACCGGUAAGACCAGUCUCAUCAAAGCCUUGGCACAAUACACGGGUCGAAGCAUUGUGAAUGUCCCGCUUUCCAAGAUCUCCACCAAUGCCGAACUCAUGUCGCAAUUCUUUGACAAGAAAUACCGAGUCCGAGGCGAGAUCACGGCGCAGUUGGAUUUCAAGGACGUUAUCUUUUGCCUGGAGGAUCUUGACGCGGCUUCUGACAUUGUCAAAAGACGUGAUGGCAAGGCCAAAGAUGCUGACAACGAAUCCAGCAAUAUCGCUGCCAUGACAGAAGACAUCAUGGCACAGAUCCCUCCUGCCAAGUCGUUGUGGCAUCUCUUCUUGGAAAGCUCUGAUGAGUCCUGCCAGGAACUGGUAAAGUUGCUUUCGGAGAAAUCGGAGCGUCUCAAGGCUGAAGCCCAAAAGGCGGACAAGAUUCAAUCCGUUGCUGACUGUCUUGCUUCUCUACGUCCCGGGCUGGGUUUGGUUGGUGCCAACAACGAAGUACUUCGCCAGCUGGGCGAGGACGCGUUGGCGUCCUUCCAGGAGAAAAUGUCCAACCAGGAAAACAUAGACACGUACUUGAAAACCCAAGCCCAAACGAUGAAGCGUCUGUUGCGAGGUGGCGCCGAGAUUGACGAAGCUGUGGUGGACACAUUGCUCAGUACUGAAGAACCAAUGUUGUUUCCAACGAAGGGAGUUACAAAAGCUGCAAGCCGGGACGACGACGAUGAGGAUGACUAUGACGAUUCCCGUCAGGAAGGAUUCUGGGGCGAGGUUCGAGCAGCUUCAAGCGACUCGAGCAGCACCGACAAGGCCGGCAAGAAGGGCAUGUUCCCCGCCGGCUCUUGGGCGAGGUUCAUUCCUGACAGUCUGAACUUGACGGGUAUCUUGAACGCACUCGACGGCGUCGUGGAUUGUCCUGGCCGAAUUGUGAUCAUGACCACCAAUCACCCCGAGAAACUGGACAAGGCAUUGAUCAGACCGGGCCGGAUUGAUAAGCAGCUGUACCUUGGAUACAUGGCUGGCCUUGAUGUCAUUGCCAUGCUGGAGCACUAUUUCGAGACCGAGUUGAGUGAGGGACAACGUGAGCGUGUGAAAAAGCUUGUGUCUGGCAUCGAGGGAAGCACAGCUCCGGUCUCCAUGACACCUGCUCAGGUCGAACAGCUCACAGCCGAGCACGAUGAUCUCGAAGACAUGGUUGCGGCUUUGGAAGCAAAAGCUGUCCCUGUCCAAAAGCUGGCAGUCCUUGCCGGUGGUAGCCCCUGA